GCUAUAUAGGGCGGCGGGGAGCGGGGCGCAGCGCGGCGGAGCCAUGGGCAACCGGGUGGCUCGGGGGGACUUCGAGUGGGUCUACACCGAGCAGCCCCACACGCAGCGCAGGAAGGAGAUCCUGGCAAAAUAUCCAGAGAUCAAGACUCUGAUGGGACCAGAUCCACACUUGAAGUGGAUUGUAUCUGGAAUGGUUUUUACGCAGUUUCUAGCAUGCUAUCUGGUGAAAGACUUAUCUUGGAAAUGGAUUUUCUUCUGGGCUUAUGCUUUUGGGGGUUGCAUCAACCAUUCACUGACACUAGCUAUCCACGAUAUCUCACACAACGUCGCCUUUGGGAACAAGCAGGCCAAGUGGAACCGAUGGUUUGCAAUCUUUGCCAACCUGCCAGUCGGUAUCCCUUACUCUGCCUCCUUCAAGAAAUACCACAUAGACCAUCACCGGUACCUUGGUGGGGACAGUUUGGAUGUGGACAUUCCCACAGACUUUGAAGGCUGGUUCUUCUGUACACCGCUUCGGAAACUGCUUUGGCUCUUCCUCCAGCCUUUCUUCUACAGUCUGAGACCGCUGUAUGUGAACCCCAAAGCAAUCACACGGAUGGAAAUUUUUAAUGCCAUUGUGCAGUUUUCUGUUGAUCUUACCAUUUACUACCUUUGGGGGCUCAAACCUGUUAUUUACUUAAUAGCAGGCACAAUUCUUUGCAUGGGUUUACAUCCCAUUUCUGGGCACUUCAUAGCAGAACACUACAUGUUUUUAAAAGGAUACGAGACCUACUCUUAUUACGGACCUCUGAACUGGCUCACCUUUAACGUAGGCUACCACAUGGAGCACCACGACUUCCCCAGCAUUCCUGGGUCCAAGUUGCCAGUGUUUUCCUGCCUGGAGCACAGAGACCUUGCAAAAGGUGCAAGCUCUGCCUGCCUUCCUCCACGAAGUGCUGCUGAGCACAAAGCUAAACAGAGACAGGAGCAAAGAGCUACUGAGCUCUUGCCCCGACAGAUGGGUAGCCCACUCCAGUGCAAGCCCUGAGCCAUCUCCUCUGGUUUCCAGAAUGAACUUAUUCAAAAAGAGAUGGCACCAUACGCUGUUGGGAGGUGUUAAACUGAUAUGCUUGGUGAGCAAGCAACUCCUCCAUCCCUUGAUGCUGGCAGGCUGCUUGCCAGCCAAGACUGGGCUGCCUGCUUCCAGAGUAUGGUGUGCACGAUCACAAAAUUCACGCUUCCCAGUGGAAAGCUUCUGGUGGCAAAACUGUUUUGUGGCAAUUGGGGAUGACAUUUCUUGUUUAUCACGAAUGGGAAUAAUUUAAUGUGGUUCUCACUUGGAUAACAGCUGCAUUCCUUUGGAAAAUAGGAAAACUAUGGUAUCUCCUCAAGUGCUCAGCCAGGGUAGCUGUGUACCAUAGGAAGCUUUUGGGGAUGGGGACCUGGGACAUCCUUUGUGUCUGCAUAGGGCCUCACUGGUGACCUUUAUUCACCAAGGAGCUUACAGUGUGAACAGUCCUUUCUCUUGUCCUCUCAUCCUCUGGCUGUUUAGUUACCCAGCUGGGAAAGAGGAGGAUGCAAACCCCAGAUUAAGUCAUUUCUUACUGUGGUUGCAGGAGGAGAGCAGGGAAUUAAAUCUGCAUCUGCAGAGCUCCUACUCAAUGCCUAGAAAUCACCCUUCAUCCAGCUAUUAACAAAUGCAUCCAAGGGGAAAUGUUGGUGUUGUCUGCAUCACACUGAAAAUGAAUCACCUCUGAAGUACAGACCAACACUUGAAAGCAGGAUGUAGGAAAUUAUCAGGCAGUCAUAGGUAUUCGGUGGCAGGCAUAAUGAGACCUGAAUUAAAUCUCCCUCCUCCAACACAACACUACCAUGCCACUGGCACAGGGAGUGCACAAGGGCUGAAGUAGAGAAGUAAAAGAUCAUAACAAAACUUGUGUUACCCAACCAGCCUCACAGCGAAGUGACUGCUAGGGAGCUGAGCUAACCACGUAACCAGCAGUGAGCAGCGCUGGCUUGUAAUUUACUCCAGGUUUCACCUGGAGUGCUGUGUCCAGUUCUGGGC